CGCUGACACAGUAUUCUUACAACAACCACAGCUGUGGUCUAGGACUCUCUGACCGGCUGCAACCGUCAUCAAAUUUUGUUUCCUGCUCACAGCACAAUGUGCUUUAGGCCACCAUAUACUGGAUGUGUAUAUCCUUCAUCUGAAGCUCAAUCAAAAUGGUUGUGGUGAAGAACUCCUUCGGCCCUGUCGACUAUGUUGUCUUUGCCGCCAUGUUGAUCAUAUCAAUGGCUAUAGGAGUUUGGUUCGCUCUCAGGGGAGGCAAACAGAGAACACAAGGUGAAUACCUAAUGGGAAACAGAAACAUGCACAUCAUACCUGUAACUAUUUCCAUGUUGGUAUCUCACAUUUCCGCCAUUUCGAUUGUUGGAAUUCCAGCAGAAAUGUACACGCAGGGCACCGAGUAUUAUGUGGAUACUUUUGGCUGUAUGCUCGGCGUCACCAUCGCUGCCUUUGUAUUUGUACCACUCAUCUACCCUCUAAAGCUUACAAGCGUAUAUGAGUACUUGGAGAAAAGAUUCCAGUCCAAAGCUGUCCGUUUGGUUGGAACAUUUCUCAUGGUACUUUCCCAGGUGAUCUACAUGGGCGUGGCUUCUUAUGCUCCGGCUACAGCUCUAGAAGCAGUGACAGGCUUUCCAUCGUGGGCAACCAUUGUCAGUAUUGGAGCUGUUGCUACUUUAUAUACAGCAAUUGGUGGUAUGAAAGCGGUAAUCUGGACAGAUGUCUUCCAAUCUGUGAUAAUGCUGGCUGGUAUUUUGGCCAUUGUCAUUCAGGGUACUCUAAAAGUUGGUGGUAUGUCACGUGUGUGGGAGAUCAAUGAGGAGUGGGGCAGGAUCAAAUUCUUUAAUUUAGACCCCAAUCCACUGACACGUCAGUCAGUGUGGAGCCUGGUGUUUGGAUCAGCUGUGACGUGGAUGGGGGUGUACGGCUUUAAUCAGGCCAGUGUCCAGCGCUUCUCCAGUCUCCCUACAUUACACAAGGCUAAGACGUCCGUACUGCUCAAUGUCCUCGGGAGUUUAAUCAUGGGCACGCUGAGCUGCCUGUCUGGUAUUGUGGUAUUCGCCUACUACUCGGAACAAAACUGUGACCCACUUGGUCAGGAACUGGUGCACAACUCCAACCAGCUAGUUCCCUAUUUUGUGAUGGAGACUUUGGGAUACCCUGGAGUUCCUGGACUAUUUAUAGCUUGUUUGUUCUCUGGAGCUUUAAGCUCCGUGUCGUCUUCACUGAAUGCACUUGGAGCCAUCACUUGGGAAGAUGUGCUGAAGCCCAGAUACGAUCACAGGUUGACGGAGUAUCAGAAAACUUUAGUCACCAAAGCUACAGUCGCUUUCUACGGAAUCCUGGCCAUUGGCGUUGGUUUGAUGGCAGCAAAUCUUGAAGGAACUAUUGUACAGGUGACGCUGUCACUGACAGGUGCUGUGGACGGGCCGCUGCUAGGACUGUUUGUACUGGGUGCUUUCUUCCCCUGCUCCAACAGUUACGGCGCCAUAUCAGGAGCUCUAGUUGCUGUAGCACUGAGUAUGUGGGUGUCCAUUGGCUCCUAUGUCUACGGCUUACAUUUACCUUCUAAACCAUUUCCUAAUGGGACGUGUAUGGCAUAUGUCAAUGUGUCCGCCAUGUCACCUGUUAUAGACAUGACAUCUAUGGGAGCCAUGUCAACUACAACAAUGUUAGGUUUGGAUGACACGUUUGCUGAAGAAAGGGAGGGGAUUGAGAUUAUCUACGGCUUAUCUUACCUGUGGUUCUGUACUCUCGGCAUGCUCUGUGUGCUAGUGGUUGGACUCCCCAUUAGUUUUAUCACAGGAUCCAAGUCAGCAAGUGUUAUCCCGGCUGAAUAUCAGAUACAUUUGUUUACACGGAACAAGCCGUGUAAGAACGUGUCCCUACCAGACGAGAAUGUUGAACAGAUGUUGGUACCAGCUUCACCUGAGGAUCUACAUCCAGAAAAUGAUACAGCGACACCGCUGGUUGGUUUUUACGGCGAUAGGACGAUGAAGAGGCCUUGAGAGUAAAUAUAUAUAUGUUACU